UUUUUCAUCUCACCUUGUAUAUAAGUGUGAUAUGCAAAAUGCUAACUAAUGAAUUGCGAGGAAUGCUGUUUUCAUGAAAAUAAGUUUCAUUUUCAACAAUUCUCGCGUUUCAAAUGAAUUAUUACAUACAAACCAAUUCGCACCCUCUCAUUCUGCUACUAACGCAGAAGGCGAUAGCACCUCGGGUAGAAGUGAUUUGCAAACCAAUAACAAAUUCUAUUAUUAAAACCAAUCAUCUCAGUGGUAGAAAUAGAUAUUAUUUAGUUUGAAAUAAGAGUUCAAAUAUCAAAAAUCAUAACAAAGGAUGCAUGAGAAAACAGCAACAAAAUAAAAAAACUGUCAUCGUAAUAUCAAACCAAGAGCAAAAUAUUUAUAGAAGACGAAUUUUCCAUUUAUUUUAUAUUCAAGCAUUUAGAGUAGAAUAAUAUUAAAGGUAUUUCUCUUAUCUAAUUAUGAUGCAGUUUAUUCAAUGGUAUUUUGUGUGAAGAUAGAACUACUAGAUCAGUUUAGAUUUACGUUUACGUAUUGAAAUAACUUAUCAAUAACGAAAUAAGAUAUAAUAACUAAUAAUUUGUUGCUAAACAGAUAUUGUAUAAUUUCUUGAUUCCUUGGAUGAAAUAUCAAGUAUCGCUAUAACAGUACAGAAAUAUCAAGCCAAGAUAUGAUUGUUGUUCUGUUGACCAAAUGUUAUCAUAGACACACGGGGAGGCAUGAGAUAGGAACUUGCGAGCACUUAUUUAUCUCACCUUUUGACGACCUUGCUCUGUUUUUCAGGGACAAUUUUCAUUUCAUCUGUUCAAAUUCACGUUGUUUUGAAAAAUCCCACAGUAAUAUGAGAAAGGCAUCAUUACAGUAUUAGACGGAUUAAAACCGAUUUUGUAAAGGAAAGCUUCAGAAAAUGAGUUCUUCUUCUAGUUUAGCUUAAGUUAACGACUCAACCGAAUGUACAGAGGGGUGCUACGGGGAGUACACAUUAAUUCUGUCCGUUAUUUUUUUUGGGUCAAAAAUGCGUUUUUUCUCAAAAUAAGAAUGUGGAGAUCAAUCAAAGUAUCGUCCAUUGCUAGUUACUACUUUUUCUCACCUCUCAGGUAAUUUUCGAAUUCCAUCUCGAAAAAAUGUCACGUUUUCUGAGAUGAUCCAAGUUUGAACCCAAUUUUAUAUUUCAAUGUCUCUCGGUUUCAGUUCAUGAGGCACCCAAUUGCCUUGCUUUUGAAUCAUUCCCGUGGAUUUUAAUCGUACAGAAACAGUCUGUCUUGCUUAGUCUGAUUCUGCAAGCUCCUCGUGCGUUUGACUCGGAUCUUCAUUGAGUAAUGUCGAUGUUCAUUCUCAAUUCUUUUUUUGGUUGUCAAGAGCAUGUCUUCAACGCUGAAAUUCACGCUUUAGCUGAACUUUUCUUCCAAUUGAGUUUUUUUUAUGUUGAGUGAAUGAGAUUUUUUUUUUAAAUGUACAACCAACAAAUGUCUCAUCUUUUGAAACUGUCGACAUAAGCUUGUACCAUCUUUUAAAAACGGAUCAAACCAAUUUGUACUUCCAGUACAUGGGGUCCAAUUUUGUUUGCCGAAUUUUGGAUACUGUGAUAUUUUAUUAUUUGGUUCAUAGCACGUGAGCACGUUGAAAUAAGAAUAAAGUUGAAUCGUCGUUAAAAUUUGUUUGUCAUUUUUGGAUCCUUGACGCACAAUUCAAGCGGAAAUGUGUUCUUUAAUUUAAAAUGUUUGUUUUGUUUUCUUUUUACUGUUGUUUUUCGACAGAUACCUACAUCUACAUUACAAAUAAUAAUAGAUAGAAACGGACAGCGACAAAAAAAUGCAAUCACAAAACGAGCAUGAGACCAUCGACUGGCAGGGUUCGUGUCACGAUAUUAAAACCCGCAACCUUUAUCUGUUCGAGACUGGAACACUGACAGACUGCGAGUUUUUGGUCGGUAGAGAGCUGGGAGAUCGAAAGCUGAUAGCAGCUCACAAACUGAUUCUGGCGAUGGCUUCCCCGGUUUUUCACACGAUGUUCUACGGAAGUCUUCCCGAAAAAGAUGUGAUUCAUGUGACGGAUCUCGAUCACGGAGCCUUUCAUUCUUCACUCAAGUACAUUUAUACAGAUGAGAUAGUUACCGAUUCAGUAGAUGAUGCUAUCGAACUUUACCACGUAGCCAAGAAGUAUAUGCUGUCGUUUGUUGUCGAUCAAUGUCUUGCAUUUAUACUGAUUCCUAAAACUGCGUUUCGGGUUUACGAGUUUGCCACAUUUUUUGAUGAACCUCAAUUGAAAAAGCGUUCUCUCGAAAUUAUACGCGAUAGCACAGCAGAAGCCAUUCAGGAUGACAGUUUUCUAACAACAAAAAUCGAGACAGUAUUGAUGGUUUUGAAACAAGAUCGGCUCCAGAUAGAUUCCGAGUUAGAUUUAUUUGAUGCAUUGAACAAAUAUGUUACAUUCCACCCCGAGUUGACUGAAGUUCCAUCCAACAGCAAAGAAACUCAAACCAUGUCAUCUCCCUCCAGUUCAUCGGAUGGAAUGCUGCCACCGAUGUCGUCGAAUAAUGAAUCGUCUCAACCGAAUGUUGAGACGAAGGAACCCGUGGUCGAAGAUAUCGAAGAACGUUCGACCGAACAUUCACAUUCAGAGAACUCGAAACAGCAUUCUAUUCGGGACCUAGUCCGGCGUAUUCGUUUCUUGACUCUGUCACCGAAAGAAUUUGCUGAAGGACCAAUGAAGCAGACCACACUGUUAACACAUACCGAGAGUUUUGCCAUUUUGGCCAACCUUGUUUCGACAAAUACCGGUAUCCCGAUACCCGAUGGAUUCAGCGCUAAUCAAACUUCAAGGAAUACGGUUCCACUCUUACCAUUCUCAACAAUUCCAUUCGAACGGUUUGCCCCAAUGCAGUACGGAAAUACGUUUCGUUAUUGAGGUUACGAAUAAAAAUAUGUUUUGAAACCAUUUUAAUUCUUAAAAAGAUUUUUUUAAUCAUGAAGGUUCUUCCAUUGUUCCCUGCAAGUUUCAGUUUUCUGUAUACUACAUGGAAUGAAAAGUCCCGGGCCUCUCACAGAAAGAACGUGAAUAGUCUCGAACGGUGUAUAUUUUCAUUAAGAACGAGCCUCUAGAUGGCCAAAUACCAAAUUUCAUGUCAAUCUUUUCACUAGUGUUUGCAUAACAGCUGAUCGUGUCAGACGAGUAAUAUCAGGUUUACUCGGUAAUUUUCGGAUCCCGGCUCGAAAAAAGGAGUCCUCUUUUGACGCUAUCCAUGAGGCAAUCCAUUUUUCCAACUCUUCAAAGGAUUGAAAAUAUUGAUCUGCCAGGCCGUGUGCCAUCGAACGGAAUAGGUGGAAGUCAGAAGGGGCGACAUCUGGGGAAUACGGCGGGUGGGGCAAGUCUUCCCAUUUCAGCGUUUCCAGGUACUUUUUGACCACUUUUGCGACGUGAGGUCGAGCAUUGUCGUGUUGGAGGAUGACUUUGUCAUGUCGCUCUUGAUAUUGUGGCCGCUUUUCUUUUAGCGCGCGACUAAGGCGCAUCAGUUGCGUUCGGUAGCGAUCUCCUGUGAUGGUUUCAUCCGGUGUUAAGAGCUCGUAGUAAAUCACACCGAGCUGAUCCCACCAAAUACAAAUCAUAACCUUGGCGCCGUGAAUAUUCGGUUUUGCCUUCGACGAAGUAGCAUGCCCGGGUUUUCCCCAUGAUUUUCUGGGUUUAGGAUUAUCGUAUCGAACCCACUGUUCAUCACCGGUUACGAUUCGAAGUAAAAACCCCUUACGAUUUUGAAGCAGUUGCUCACAUGACAAUUCGUUAGGCACUGUACACACUCACUUUAAAGGCAUUAUCAUCUAUGUAUUUUGA